AUGUCUGCGCCGCGGGUCAGAGGGCCAAACAGUCGCCUGAUAUGUUUGGCUUGUCGUGAACGCCGCAUCCGCUGUGAGCUGCCUCUUGACGUCGACAUCCCGCCCCAGGGCGAGCUCCGCACCGUGCAGAUGCCCUGCUACCGAUGCCGAAGACUGCGCAUCCCCUGCGUCGUCCGCCAGACGACAUUGGGCCGCCCGCGUCCCAAGGCCAGUGCAACGAGCCUGACCACCGCGGGUGAUCGUCGGAGCCUGACGACAACGGCGGAUGGCAAUGAUGUGACGAACACAUUCCCGACAACGAGGACUUCUAAGCAAGCCCCUCUUCCGCCACCGCUCCUAUACCAACCCCAGUCGAGUGAGACGCUCGUAAUUAUCCGCGCCGUCGACACGAUCCGCUGCGAGCAUUGCGAGGAGUCCUGGCCCCGGCACUUGGUCGUCCGCUAUGGCCAAAAGCCCGCUCUGGACCUGUCUAUCAAGGCCAUCAUCGCCGCCUGCGCCUACGCCCGCGGUGUGCCCAAGCUGACGCCCGAUGACUGCUACAAGGCUCUGGCACGCGCUCUGGCCGCCGUCCAGGCCACCAUCAAGCAGUCAUCUGGCUCGCCCGACGACGAUAUGCUGGCGUCGACUGCGCUGCUGGCUCCCUUUGACGGCGUCAUCCAGAAGAAUGGCGGCAUUCCCAUGCGUCUCCAUAUCGAAGGCCUGGCCGCCAUAUUGGCCGCAAGACCGCCGACGUACCCCGUCACCCAGCUUGCGCGAGACAUCGUGAAUUUCUAUGCUUGCGACGCUGCCGUCAUGGCUUGUGUCCAAGGGACCCCCUCGUCGUUUGAAGGCAUCGCCCCCGCCUACUACAUCACCGACGACCGCAAUGGCGACCGCGCGCACCUCCGCGCUCUAGGCGAUGAGCUCUUCAUCCGACUCCCGCGGCUGGUGGCACUUGUACGCUCGUUACAACUGCAGUCGCCAGUGCAAAACCAGCUGCUAUUCGAAGCCCUCGCUCUAUCCGAGUCCUUGCUGCAAUUGCAAGACGCUGACGCCGAAGCACGACUCGUGAGCACAGCCAUGGCCUCGAGCGACUCCGUCCCAGCGCCUUUUCGAUUCGCUUCGGACCUGGACUACGAGGCGCUGAUGGGAUACUGGCAGAGCCGGCUAUCUCUCAUGCGCUUGGACCAGCGCCUGCACGAAUGGCUGGUUAUGGACGGUGCUGGGCAGGCCGUGGGUACACCAUCUUCUGCGCAAAGCGAGAUCAUGCGGCUCGUGCAGAAUAUCCUCCUGACUUGCGAAUAUGGCACCAUGCUACUCUUGCGCAAGCGACGGCGCCUGUUUGCGCAUGCCAUGGCGGUCGUAUGGGAGGUUACGAGGGACACCACCCUUUCUCUUGGAGAAGACUUCUGCAAUGAUUCUUCUGCUUUCCCUUCGCCUGCCUCUUCAUCUUCUUCCUGGUCCGAAUUCCUGCUACGCAUGGUUAACACGACGCUAGUUAAGAAGCCUCCCCUGACGGCAGAAGACAUGGACGUCGCAGCGGAGAUCUUUGCCGGCGGCAAUCCCCAGGGCAGAUUCGCCGAGCAGUAUGGAUUGUAUCAAUAG